AUGACGGCACAAGGCCACCUGGACCACAAGUCCGCCUUCGUCAAGAGCAGCACCUACACCACUGUGCUGCUGGCUGUGGACGAUGUCUUGCCACCCGCCACAGGCACCGGCACCCUGCUCCUUGCCCUGCUCAUUGUGAACGACAACAGCUCUGAGGCCGAGCCCUGGGACAUCACCGUCUGCAACUGCAGCCCCCAGCCACAGGUCCCCACCAUCAAUGACAGGGAUCUGCUCCCCAACGCCAGCCCCUUCCACGCCAAGCUCAUCCACACCUCCAGGGACAGCUGGGCUUCAAGCCACCCAUUUCACUCAGGUAACGUGGUCACCCUGUGGCUGGUGGCACCACUGGAGUUGGACCUCUACACCAUUUACCUGUGGCUGCUUGACCAACCGGGCAAAGCCCAGAUCACCGUGGACGCUGUGCGGGUCUGCGACUGCAAGGGGCCGACGCAGAGCUGUCCCCAGAGAACCCAGGCUGCCACCAGCCUGCCCUUCAUCCUCACUGCCCUGGGCACUCUCCUGGCCUUGCUGCUCAUCCUGCUGCUCCUGCUGCUGCUCUUCAUGAGGAGGAAGGUAAUGAAGGAGCCGCUGCUUCUGCCCAAGGAUGACACGCGGGAUGUCUUUUACUAUGGGGAGUAGGGCAGUGGGGAGGAGGACCAGGACUAUGACCUGUGGCAGCUGCACCGGGGCAUGGAUGCCCUCCACGAGGUGCUGCUCCACAACAACAUGGCCCCCACCUUCCUGCCAGCCUCCCAGUACCAGCCCCAGCCCGCCAACCCUGACGACAUCGUUACCUUCAUUGAGGAGAACCUGAAGGAGGCCGACACGGACCCCAUGCCCCCCCCCCCCAGCUCCCUGCUGGUGUUCGACUACGAGGGCAGCGGCUCAGCAGCUGAGGCCACCUCGCUCAGCUCCCUCAACUCCUCCUCCUCUGACUACGACCAGGACUAUGACUACCUCAACGGCUGGGGCAGCCGCUUCAAGAAGCUGGCGGACCUCUACAGUGGUGGGGAGGAGGACGACUAG